GUUUUCUCUUCGCAUGUAACACGUGCGGGAGCUUUGAGCGCCGAUUCUCCUUCUAUUUUCAUAUUCUCAGAUAUUCUUAACUGUGUACGUCUUAUUCUAUCAGUCGCAUGUAUUCGAGGAAUGGAAAGCGUGGGAUUCUUCGAGGGACCCGAAAAGCUCAUGGAAGUGUGGUGGCAGCCGGUUUUGGGAGCUGACAGGGCCAGGGCAGAUUUAAGAAAUAUUUCACGGUAAAAAUACUGAAACGUGUAGUAGCGUUUGUUUUCUAUUUAACCUAUAUCAUGUAUUUUAACUUCUUAAGAGCUUAAUUAACUGGUCGAAAUGAGAAAGAAGGUAACGAAGCAUAAACACAGGCAUGGUGCUUUGUAAAUAACCUCUUAUAUAUCUCGGAGAACUUGUGUUAUAAGAAAUUAAUGGGAGCGUUAUUUCGAGCCUCUGAUGCUAUUUAGUGAAACUUUCCUUGGUCAAGGAGGGUCUGAGACUAUGCUCCCCCAGAAAUAUUUAAAACUUCAAGGGACUAAAAUUCAUUUGCGAGUGUUCUGAGUACUACAAAAAUUAAGUACAAGAGAUAAAGGAGGGUUUCUUAUUAACAGGUGCAAACCUUUUUGAUUAUAAUUUUAUUUUAUUUUAUUUUUACAGCACUGGUAAGUAAAUGAAAUAUGUGCUGAGCUCUGUUUGCAAAUGCAAUAAAACAAAUGGUUGAGUAAAAUGGCUAUGUGAACAUUUAACACAUAGCCGGUUAAUUAAACUCAGAAUAUCAAAUGAAAAUAUCAGAUACAAACUCUUAUUAAAUGUGUAUUUCCUGUGAAUGUGAGAGCAAUAAAACCGCAACAACCCUAUAGUAUCACCACUGUACAGGAAAAGAGGCAGGAGCUGGGGAGGAAACAGGUUGAUGGAAAAGGUUUGUGUGUCAACAAAAUCACAACCAUGCCGUCCAUUAUACAAAGUUUCAUGACUAUGACAUGGUUUGUGCACAUCAUUAUUCAAAAUUCAAAACUUUAACUUCGGUACCAAGCUCCCAACCAUUAAUUAAAUGCAAGCCCUAGGAUUUCAUGGUAACGAUCGUCUCUGGUACCAUGUGGUUACCGUAAACUUAAAAAAAAUACACAAAUAUAGUAUUUUCCCACUAGAAUUCUUCACUAGGAGAGCAGUUGUUAUUCUUUGGUUAAUACUCGGCUUGUAUAUGAAAUUCAAAAACGUUACCAUUUUCCGCCAAUUUAAAUCAAUCCCAAAGUGCAUUGCACGUUACUGAUGACGCAUGAAAGAUGUUUUACAGUUAGCAACAGCGAUUUUUAUGUCUUUCAUUGCCAAGAAAAAAAAUGUAUGACUUCAAAAGUUUAAAAACAUUUUGAAGGCGGUCUUUUAGGAAUGAUUUGACGGCCAUUUCAGGGAAAUUAUUUGAAAUAAGAUUAUCAUACAAACACUGUAAUUUCACACAUGGUUGCCUUCUCGUCAAGAUGGCUCCCAAAACGGUGACAAGGUCUAUCGACCUUCUGACGUUUUAAGAGGCAUUGAAGUUUUUUGUAAAUAAUAGUACUUACUGAUGUUCUUUGAUUUUAAAGUAUGAUUAACAACAUGUUUCCCAUGUACAUUAAAAGAAAUAAAAGUGGGUUCCUAUGAAUUUUCAUGGAACCAAAAAUUUGUUUUGGAUGGUUUCCCAUGAUCUCUGGGCAUGGAACCGAAAAAUUGUUAUAUCCAUGAGAUUUGAAAUCCGAGGGCUUGUAAAUGCAUGGUUCAAUUGUCGCAUAAAAUUUUAUUUGUGAGCAAAUGAUGUAUUUAUUGCAAGAAAGCAGGUUUUUCGUUCAAGGAAAUGUAGCUUUCAUUCAAGUUUCAUUUCUUAGCCAUGCAAUCAACCCCUACAAACAAUGAACACAUGACAUCUCACUUGAACAAAGUUUGUAUAAACCUUGUGUGUUUUAUCAGCAAAAGAAUCAAAGAAAUGUGUGAAAAAUUGACUGAAAUACAGUAUUAAUACAAAAAAGCAUUACAUGAACCAGUGGGUGUUUUGAGAAAACAUCAUGUAAUAAUUUUAAUCUUUUAGAUUUUAUGAUAUAUUUUUUGGUUAUAACAUUAUUAGAACUUAUUUGCUACUUCUUUGGGGGCACGUAAAUUAUCUUAUUGGUACAUAAUUUUGUGGAUCCAUACUUAAUUUUGCAAUUUUGGCGAGAUGGUAUUUCACGGGUUUUAUUUUUGCAAUUUCAACUAUGAAAAAGGGCAUUAAAUUUCACAGUUCAAGCGUUCUCAACGUCAUUUUAGUUUUUAAAAAGUCUGAACUUUUAAAAUUUCUAGUAAACUGGAAAAAACAAAAUGUGUACAAUGUAUUUAAUAGACUUUUAAAUGUGUUUGCACUAUUUCACUUUAGAAGAUACAAAAUGGAACUUGUGUAUUUGCCAAUACUUAUCUUUUAUGUGUUGCUUUUAUUAAGUGUUUUAUAGAUUUUUUCUGUGAUUUGAUUUUUAUGUAUGGUAUUUAAUUUUGCAUGUUUAAAUUUCGCAAGGACUUAUAUUUACAGGUAUUUUUUUUUGCAAUUUUGGCAUCAAUGGUUAACAUACACUGUAUAAUAAAAUUUCAUCCACAUCAAGGGUGCAAUAUACUUGUUGUUAUCUUCCUAAGAGCUUAACAAAAACAAAACAAAACAAGAGAAAGUGAAAUAAAAAGAAACAAAACAAUUAUUGACCAUUAUUGGCCUCACACAGAAAAAAAUAAUACUAUUUUCUGUAGGGGUAAACGUUAAUCAGUAUGGCUGUUUUCUUUCUCUUAAUGCCAUCAGAGAUUUGUUUGAUAAUAUUAAUAAAGAAAUGCUUUCAAACAUUUUUCAUUCUUUUAGUAACAGGCCUUUUUAGAAUGCCCUGUCAAAUAAAAUGGGCAUUUCUAAAGCAAAAAGGGAAAUUAUUUUGCUUCUCUGAACAAUUUCAUUCCUCGUGAAAAGGGUAGAUGUAGUAAGGUUUAUAAUUUUAUUGAAAUUUGCAUCACUCAUGGAAGUUGUGUGGAUCACAUGGAUCACAUGGCAAGUCAGAAACAAGUUGGCUUUAUUUAUAUAUAUUUAUAUAUCUUUACUUCUGGUCAUGAGCAUCUGGAAUGAUGUCAUGAAGGCAACAGCAAACUACAAUCACAGACAAAAGUAGUUGGGAAGGUUGUACAACUUAACGGUAGUCCAUUUUAAUCCUUAAAAAAGAGAGUUUUCUCUUUUGCUAAAUAUCCCCCGUCCCCCCUAUUCAAUGUUGAGAUAUAACAGAAUAAUUACGCGCACAAACAUUAACGUUUUGAUCAACAUUGGGCCUGGGGCGGGGGAAGGAAGGAAAAGAAGAGGUAAAAAAGGCGACCUUGCCAACACUUUUGACGAUGAUUGUAGGUCCAUUGUUUUGGCUGUUUUUGCGGCCAUUUUGACAAGCAAGAAAUAGUCUUUGCAAGAACGUUUCACUGCAGAAGUAUUUUGCAGAAAACAUUGUAGCAAUCUGGACCAGUAGCUUAAAUAAGAGCAAAAAUCAAGAUAAAAGAACUUUUGUCAGUGUCUCACUUUAUGAGUUUGUUUAGCUUGUGCAAUAUGUUUGUCAGAAGUGUGUUGUAUCUUGGCUUUCUACUGUCAAAACCUUGCUUAUUUCCCCUAUAUCGGGAGUCCGUUUAGAUUUACACCUUGGAGAAUCCACAUUUAGCUUGGUGCUUUCCCAUCCGAUGGAUCAAAGUUUCAUCUCCAUACUUCAGACCCAAGUUGAACUUGGAUGCAAACUGUCAUGUUUGUAUUUUUUUUUUUUUAACUGAGCAGCCAAAGUAAUGCUAAAUAUGCUUUUCAAUGCACAUUUAAAAAUAAAACAGGGCAAUACGGAAAUAAGAUUAGAAGAAAAAAGAGGGAAUAUAAGGUAGGACCUUCUUGACAGGAUAUUCACACAGAGUCACCCAUCCAACAUGGCUUAACUUGAGUUUAAUCUAGUUAUUUAACCUUUAUUUCACAUGGCUUAACUUGAGUUGGGCUACCAAAAAACUGAGUUUUGUGAGGGUUAAUUGAUGAGUAAUGUGUAUUUCUAGUUACAAUAGUCUUUGUGUUUUGUUAUUAAAUUAAUACCAAAUAUAAAUACAUUAUUCUUUGUUACAGGGAGAAAUGGUCAAAUCUUUUGACACUUGUGAAUUGCACUAUCAUCAGUGAGAAGAGAAAUGAAGAUAUGAUUGCAUAUCUUCUCAGGUAGGUACAUAUUGCAUUAGUAAAUAACAACUAAAUGUUAAUUCAGUCCAAGUGAGAUCGAAGCAAGGUGUUUCAUAUUUCUAAUUUCAGGCUCAGUGAAACGCUUUUGCUUCAGUGCUAGGGUGCUUUGGAUAACAGGGUUGUCAUUACGAGCCGGGGGCUGGGGAUUUUCCCCAGCUACUAAGAGAGUGGCCCCCAGCUACUUUUAUUGCAAAAUAGAACAAAAAUAGAACCAAAAGAAAUCCCUAGCCGUUUGAUUCCCCGCCUAAUUGUUGUAUUUACCCGGCAACUUGAAAUCUUAGUGACAACCCUGGAUAAGGAAUAAAAGAUAGAUCUUUUAGUAUAGGGACAUAAUAUUAAAUAUUAUUUUGGUGUUAUUUAUUUUAUUUUUUAUAUAUAUAUCAGAUUAUUAUUUUAUUUAUUUAUUUGAUAUUUUUUGAUGUUUUUAAUGGUUUUUUAUUACUUUUUAAAUGCUGCUCAGUUUUUAUUUAAUUUUUUGACAUCUCAGUGAUGGGUUUCACACCCUUAAAUGUACAUGUAUCAGUAGAAAAGUUCCAUGGGAUAGAAGGUCAAAAUGCACUUGAUCAGAUUAUGAGUGGUAGAAGGUAGACCUAAACUUGCAUUCAUGAUUAGAAUACCUUAUAUGCAUUCCAUAUCCAUUCUUAGAGGAUAUCCAAAAAAAAAAUGUGUCACACAUACAUGUAGGUUUAGUUUAAGGAGUAGGAAUAAAAAAUAUAUAAUGAUUUUAUUGUAUCUCCAGUCUCGUUUAAGAGGGUAUUCAAAACUAGGGAGACAUGUUCCAUAACCAAACUUUUACAUGUGAAAACAUUUAAUGCUCAUGGACCUUCUGAUCUCCCUUAUUUUACAGUGAAAGCAGCUUGUUUGUAUCCCGUACACGAGUAAUCCUCAAGACAUGUGGACAAACUGCUCUCUUGUACUGCAUUAAACCCUUGCUAGAACUUGCAGCAACUGAGUGUGGAUUGACAGAGGUGCAGGUAUGUAUAACUUAAAUUAACAACGGAGAAUAAAAUAAAUAAAUAAAAUCUUAUUUCAGUUGCUGAGAGCACAGCGUUUGUCUGCUUCUAGUUUAGAUGGUACACAGUCCCUUACUUUUUUAUUAUUGUAGCUUUGAUAAUGUUUUGCAGGAUUUCUUCUAUUCACGUAUGAAUUACCUAGCACCCAGCCUACAGCCGGCACCUCACCAAACUUUUGAGCAAGAGGUCUGUCUCGUGUUUUCUGUUUUUAAUUGUUGUCCAUUCAUUCAUUCAUCUAUUCAUUUCUAUGUAAACAAAGUGAUAAAUCUUGGAUUGAGUAAAUUUUCUUGUAAAUAAUUUUAAAAGUAGCAAAUUAGUAUAGGCAGAGGGAAAGAUAUUAUUUUAUGAGCUUGGGUUUGCAUGUGUAUUCAUAUUACUAUGUAGAAUUUCAACAUGUUAAUUUAGUUCAUUGUUGAAAUUGAUGCCAAAAUCCUUCCAGUCCACUUGUCAUAUGAAAUAUUGGACCUAUCAUAGUUUUUUUUUUGUUUCUUUGUAGGUCCAGUGGCUAGAUAAAUUAUUUUCAGGUAUGUUCUGACACCUCUGUAGAUUUCAUGUGCCUCUUGUUUUAGCCGAUCAUAAUUCACUUCAUCUUAACAUGUAGGAAAAAAAAAUUAGACUAACAAAAUAGACCAAUUACAAUACCCAGUCAAACCCCCACUUUACAGACACUCACUUGAUACAGACAGUUUUCCCUGUCCAUGGAGAAAGCAGGCCAUUUCAUUUCCUCUAAAUUUAACCCACUUAAUACAGACUCUUUCUAUGGCCCCCUUUGUUUCUGUAUUAAUGUAAAAAAAAGGUAAAGGCACACACAAACCAAAGGUAUUAGAGUAGUUUGACUUUAUUACAUGUAAAAUUCAGACUUGGCACCAAAGCUUGGGAGAAUAAAACAAAGGAAGUUAAUUUUAUCUGUAAAACUGUAACUAUUUUCUCCUGUUCUUAGAUGGUGCAGGAUAUGCUCUUGGAAGAUUAAAUGGUCAAGAUACAUGGUAAACAAUAAAAAUUUAUGUACAACUAAAAACUUGUUCAAGACUUAUUCUUAAUUACCAAUGUACAUUGUUAUAAUGAGAUGAAUAUUAACUGUUUUUUUAAUACAACAUCAACAAUUUUUCUGUUUUGGUUAUUUUCCUUUACUGCUUGUGGCCUUUGGAGGAAGCUUUUAGCCAUUCUACAACUGAAUGAUCAUAACGAUGAUGAUGAUGAUGAUGAUGAUGAGUUAAUAAUUUAUUUUACGGGUAUUUAUAUUCUAGGUACUUGUACACACUUGAUAACAUCUUACCAGGAGUGUCUGAGCCUGACCAAACCUUGGAGAUAUCCUUUUAAGUUUUACUCAGGGUAGCACCUCAAGUCAAGUUUUACCUUUAUCCUAUACUUCUAACCUCGUCUUAGUUCUUGAUAAAUUGUUCUUGAUUCUGCAUCCUGGAUUCGUGCAGGAAUUGAGAAUUGAGUCAAGAAUGGAGACUCACAAAGGAAUGUCAACUGACUUUCAAACGGUUAACUGUACGUGAAAGCAUAUACAUGUACAUGCCAACUCUCCAAGAUUAUCCAGAAGUCUCGGGGACCAGCAGAUACCCAAUCAAUCUCCUACUCUCUUGACAGGUCACCAAAUCUCCCAGAUAAAAUCAACCUUUGAGCUUUCCUGUGCUUUAGUAUGGAAUGCAGCCCAAAAUUGACCCAUAGUAUGGUUUCUGGGGUAUUUUUUUGCAAUAUUUUAUCAAUGACAAAGAUUAUUAUUUUGGUCAUUACAAUCAAAAGAGUGAAUUUUGAUGGGCUCUAAUAAUCAUGUAAGAGUUAAUAUAUUGUCCUAAGCCACACCAACAUUAUGAUUUGGGAAGUGGGUCAAUAUGGAGGUGGGGAGGAGAGAGUCUCCAGAUCUUGGCAUCACUGUGACGGUUUGUUACUAAUGUGCAAAUUGACCCUGUUGAUGGGUUUUUAUGGAACUGAGGUAAACUGAGACUUGGCUUGAGAUGCUCAUGUUCGUUCAUGAUGAAAUUUAAAGUUUUUUCUUGAAAGCUUUGUUUUGUAAAAUAUUGGGAAAGGGAUCACUUAAAGUAAUUAAUUUCUCCUUAACUUGUAUACAUCUUGAUGCUGGAUCUUGAUCGAGAGGUUAUGAACAAGUUCUACAAGUCAAAAUAUUCUGAUGCUGAUGAAGUCACUAAGGUGGGCUUUUUUUGCCAGGGUAAUGUUUACAUGAAUAAGUCACAUUCGUCUUAUUUACUUAAUAUAGUGCUAAUAUCUAUGUACGUAUUCAGUAGCACAGUAAAGUGAAAAGGGAAAAACAUGUAUAUAAAAGGGAAAAAUGCACCCGUUUGAUUCGUGGUUAGAAUUUUAUGAAUACUUUUUUAUUCUAUUUCCUUGUCACCCAGGAGACAGGCAUCAGUGAGUUUCUUCCUGGGGCAGUGAUCGAUGCUGCUUUGUUUGAACCCUGUGGGUAUUCAGCCAAUGGGCUUCUGGAUGUAAGUAAAAAAUAAUUAAUAUAUGAUAUAAAGGUCUUACAGUUUUGUUUUUAAGAGAAACUAUCUGAAUUAUAAUAAUUAUUCUAUGGAGAGUUUUCUCAAUGAAUAUCAGCUUUAAAACAUCUUUUAACUACCAUACAGGUAAUCUAUGUGGCAAAUCCAGGUGGGGGUUUGUGUGUUUAAUUUCCCUUCCAUUCGCGCAAACAAAAGCCUUCGAUGAGUCCCGAGCCAGUGUAAGACAGUUUCAUUAAUUAUUAAAUUAUUAUUUUUAUUCUGCAAAUAUCAGCAAUUUAGUAAAGUUAAUAAACAUUUACAGUUGGUUUUACUUUGAAGGUGUCUGUAAAUAAAUAGCAAUAAUCUGAAACAAGGCAAUAUUACACUUGUUUAACAUUUAUUGCUGGUGUGACAGAUGUUGGCAUUAGGGAACAACAAUGUCAUUACUCCAGAGUGGUUUCCUACCAUGGAACACCUCCGGGUGAGCUGCCCGUUUUUUUAAUACUCUGACUAGUAACCUAAUUAAUGUUACUAAUUUCUGCAGGACUUAAUUUUGCAAAUGUUUAUCACACUAUAUUGAAAGCUAGAGAUGUGAAAAAGGUUUUCAUGAAACAAAAACAGUAACAGCAAAUUUAAUACCUUGCUGCUCUCGCUCCUGCAAAUCCUUCUAAAGAACAGAUGUCAUUUUGUUCUUAUCACGGAGCAUAUUAUGAUGUAUAAUUCUGCUGACUCUUGUAGUGUAAGGUUGUUUUGCAAACAAAUAUUACUACAAUAUGCCCCAUACCAGUCUGGGAGCUAAUCAGAGAGGUGUGAUGGAUUUGGGAGGAAAUGAGCACGUGCUGUUAGCCUCUGAUUUGUUAGUCAGAUGACUAUUUCUAUCUACCGAUUUAAAGUGAAGACUCUUUACCUUUACCUUUAGUGGGUACAGAUGUCAACGAAAGGUGCCAAAAAUCUAAGUAGAGUAGUCAAUCUGUUCGCCACAGACAUCCACUCCAGGAAUUUAUUGUGAUGUGAUGAUGUGCUACAUAAGCCUGUAAGUCAACUCCCUUAUGUGAAUCUUUUCUCUCUCACACAUAGGAAAGCUACUUCAACAUCCAUAUUACUCCACAGCCUGAGUGCUCUUAUGUCAGCUUUGAAACCAAUAUUAAAAUGGUAAGUUGAAAAAACCAAGAAUAUAGAAGAGAUGAAAGUACAGCUCAAAAUUAUAAUGGAGGGGAGACAGUUGUCUUAUCUGAAAUUUUCUUUUAUUUUAAUCCUCAUGUUAUCCUGCAUUUGAGUUGUUACUCUUGUACUUAUUUACUUACCAUUUUGUUCCUGCGUUUUGUAUUAUAUAGUCUUGCAUACCCUUGUAUCUAUUUAGCAGAAUUAAGGAAAUCUUUCUUUGAAGCAGUUCUAUUGUGAGGCAGGAUUUAUGAGCUAUCUUAUGAUUUUUGAUUAUUUGUUGCCACGUGGCGAAAUUCUCAAGUGUCAUCUAAGUUAAUGUUUUAAGUCCCAAUAGUGACCAACAGCAAUUUUUUCCUCACAAUAUCCAUACAUUGUCGAGAGAUAAGGUUGUGGAAAUUAAUAAGAUGAUCACUAGAGAGAAAAUGCCUUGAUCUUUUAUUAAAUUCUCUCAACUAAUUCUUAAAGGAAAUGUAUGAAGAUCGGUUUGGAGAAUUUGUAAGUGGACAUUGGGGCUUAAAGAGUCAAUGCUUAUGCUAUCGAAAGCUUCAGUGAUGAUAUUUUUCAGGGUUCGUACAGGUCAUGGAAAACCUGGAAAGUCAUGGAAUUUAAGAAUUUUAUUUUCCACGCCUGGAAAGUCUUGGAAUUUAAUUGUCGGUCCUUGAGAGUCCUGGAAAAUUAAAGUUUUGUUUGGUAGAUUAGUUACUGCAGGUGACAAAGCAAGGACAAUUGAAGAUAGAAAGGAGUAAUCAUAGAGCCCAAACAGCACGCAUUUUGGUGGACACCUGAGUUUGUGUCUGUUGAACUGUUUAAGGUCAAAAAAUACCCCCAAACGAGAAAAACUGUGAACAUUUUUGAAAGUGACAGUUUAACCUAAGGUCUUGGAAAACUUGAAAAGGUAUCUCCAAGCGACCAUAUAAUGUUCUAUUUAUUUUAAAAACACCAAUGAAAUACCAAACCAUUUCACUUUAAUAGUUUUGGUGUGAAAAGCGCGAUUUAUUAUGUAGCCAUAGCAAAGGUAAUAUUUUCACAUGUGAAGAUAUCACUUUUUCGCGCGAAAGCUCACCUGGUAUUUCAUUGGUGUUAUAAUACGUGAACGAUACUUCUUGUUUUCUCUUAGAGUUCCUAUAAAGAACUGAUCAGCAGGGUCCUUGAAGCUUUCAAACCUGGAAGAUUCCUUAUGACUUUGUUUGCCAAUGAGGUUAGCAUCAAUCACUUCUAAGUAUUAAGGCUCAGUCAAUUCCACGCGUGUCCGUACAUUCCGUCCCCGCCCGGGCAUUUGUUAGGCAUUUGAUAUUUUGUUAUCAGAAAGAGACCUGUCAGUAUACAGCUAUUUCGAGAAAACGUGUUGGAAAAACUGUGCACGCGACAAUCCCGAAAGGUAAUAUGGGAUAUGAUCAAUUCACUGUUGCUUACACGGUAGCUGUCGAACCUACUUUUGUUGCUUUCCUUUAGCACUCGCAAACAUAUAUCCAAGGCCUCUCGUGCAAUUCUCUCAAAUUUCUUUGAAGAACAGUGAACUCAAAACUGCCCACAAUACCUUUCGUGUUUGUCGCGUGCACUUUUUCCGACAACCUUUCUCGAAAUAGCUGUAUACAGAAAACCCACGUUAGGGCUUAGAGUACUCCUAUAACAUCAUGGCUUUACUGACAAUUGAUCAGUAACAUCGUGACUUAAUUGAGCAGUAAGGUCAAUGAGCAACGUCAGUCGCCUCUAAACGAUCAGUUCCGACUUGCUUAUGACAUGACUCCCGUGUUCAGCCCAUUCAUAAUGUUGUUCCUUGGUACAGUUCAUAUAAAUAGAUAUUAUUGAGUCAGUAAGUCAUCCAAAUGUAUCUUACAGAUGAACGCACAUCUUACACUUCUAGGAGAUAAGACGAAAACGCCACUAAAAACCGUACCUUUGAUGGCACAGUACCUUAAAAAAAGUGUACCGAAUAAACAUACAGCGUGUAUAAAACUAUGUAAAAUAAGAACUACAACAUUACAAGAAAAAGGAUGCAAACACGAAGGUUGCCCUUUAGAACAACACAAAUCCCUUGCUGAUAGCCUAGAUGGUCGAUAGUCAUUUCAUAACAGUCCGCGCUCGUCUUCAUUGUGUUCGUCAAAAUGUUAAGUUCUCCGUUAUUCGUUCCCGUGUCACUAAGUCAGAAAUUAUAUUGUGAAUGUCUGUUAUUUUGUGUUUCUGCAGGGGGCGCCAUGUGGAUUUUCGUACAAAACCUUUCAAGAGGGUUCUAUUGCAGGCUACAAACGCAAUGACCUCCAGUUGUCGCAGAUGAAAAUGUAUAACCUGACGUAUGGUCGUUAUGAAAAAAUCUAGGACAUUAAGAGAUAUAUACUAGGUUACGUCAAGAGAUAUAAUAUUAGGUAAUGACAUGGUCUUUUAGAAUAGACCACAGCGUGGUUUGGAAAUAUAUUAUGACAGUUCAGUUCAGUUCAAAUAGCGUAAUAUAGCCGCACUAAGGCCGAUUUACAUGUAAACAUUUUGUUGCAUGCGAUCGAUGGGCUUACUUGCCCCUCCUUCCCCCGAGGGGGGCUCCCGUAUGAAAGUGUGGGGGAUGGUUGUCGUCUUGCACAAUAUUUUUACCCAUAAAAACAUCGCUUAGGAUUGUAGGUAGAGAAGAACCUAAUAAAAAGAAACAAACGCCGUCAUACCAUGCCUGAGUAUGGUCUCCUGUAGGCGUGGUUGGCCACGCCCAGACAGAUUGGUCUGCUUUAGGGGUCAAAUUCUAAUUUUUCGAUGAGCGUCACUCUCUCUUUCAUGUCUCAGUGUCUGAGUCUUCCCGGGCUUCCUCUUUUUAAACUUUGCCUAUGGCGAUGUCGGACGUGAAUAUUCGGUCCCCAUUCGCUUCCGUAGGGUCUCCAAGGAUGCGGUCCAAUUUAUGCGAUACAUUUAUGGGUGACGUUUUUCCGGGUAAAUCGUAAGUCCUACACAGUUUGUCUUCCGAAGGCAACUGUUCAAGCUUGAAGGCGCUAUUUUUAAUCUUAAGUUUGGGUAGCUGCUUCUAGCGUUGCCAGGUUCGUGUUGAGGGCGAUAAUUUACGAAAAAGGCCAGCUUGACAGUAAGAAGAUAACUGAAUGAAACAAUUUUCUGGGCAUGUUUGCAACGAAACUGAUUAAGAGUUAUUUUCCUGAUACUAUAAUUAUUUUUAACGGAUGUAACCGCUCUAUUUUUAACGAGUAUGACUCUAUUUUUUUCCUAAUAAUAUUAUUGUCGCUCUCAAUUAUAGAGCAUUAUAUAAUCCAGGUAAUUCUGUAAGAAGACUUAAGAACCUUGGCUUUUAUUUGUAAAGAUAUAUACUAUUUUCGGUGGAAACAGUUUUGCCAGUCAGUUAUUUAUGUAACUCUUUAAAUUAUUAUUCUGAAAUGCAAAGUAAUAGUUGUUUGAUGGCUUUUGCCUGGAUACACUUGUUGUUGGCCAAGUGUGUGCU